CCCAGUCCCAGUGCACUUCCCAGCCCAUUACCAACACCCUUCCCACCCCAUUCCCAGUAAGCUUCCCAGCCCAGUCCCAACACCAGCACGCUCCCCAGCCUGGUCCUGGCGAGUUUCCCAGCCCAGUGCUGGCACGCUCCCCACUCCAAACCAGGCACGUUUCCCAGCUCAGUCCCAGUGA